AUUUUACUUUAAACCCAUGAGCUCAUUGAGAGCAAGGGAGAGAAAGGGAUGUCUCCAAAUUCAGGAAACUGUUGCCAUAGCAUUUUCUCUUCUCUAUUCCUACAUAGCCCUCCUCCCUCAAAGCAGCAACAAUUUUUGCUCCACCGUUUUCUUCCAGGAACCAGAUGCAUUUUCUUUCAGGAACCAGAUACCAUUCCAGUGGUAUGGUAUCUACACCAUGUAAUAACUGUACCUGAUAAGGAGAUUUAAGAAGUCUGAGGGUGGUGUUAAGUUUCUCAGAACAGACGCAUAUUUGCGGAUGCAAUUGCAGAACAGGAAACAGAACCAGGGAGAAUUUUAGGUACCCCCAAAUCUCAUUGGCCCUCCGCAGAAGCCAAGCCACAGCCACUCCUGCCACACAAUCGGAUCGCUUUCAGCACUCGCAGCCGUGGACAGCUCCCUCGCCGCGCGGUCCUUUCCUCUGCAGUGAGCUGAUUUGCUCUGCCAGCAGCUGUCGGUGCCGCACUCCACACGGAGUCCUAGCCAGCGCUCACAGAAUACGCGCUCCCUCCCUCCUCCUUCUCUGUCCCCCGCCCCUCGCUCACCCCGGCCCACUCCAGCGGCGACUUUGAGGGAUUCCCUCUCGGGCGGCCUCUGCAGUAGCACAGCUGGCCUCAUUCGCUGCACUGCGAGUAUGGAUCUCCAAGGAAGAGCGGUCCCCAGCGUCGACAGACUUCGAGUUCUCCUGAUGUUGUUCCAUACAAUGGCUCAAAUCAUGGCAGAACAAGAAGUGGAAAAUCUCUCAGGCCUUUCCACUAACCCUGAAAAAGAUAUAUUUGUGGUGCGGGAAAAUGGGACGACGUGUCUCAUGGCAGAGUUUGCAGCCAAAUUUAUUGUACCUUAUGAUGUGUGGGCCAGCAAUUACGUAGAUCUGAUCACAGAACAGGCUGAUAUCGCACUGACCCGGGGAGCUGAGGUGAAGGGCCGCUGUGGCCACAGCGAGUCGGAGCUGCAAGUGUUCUGGGUGGAUCGCGCCUACGCACUCAAAAUGCUCUUUGUAAAGGAAAGCCACAACACGUCCAAGGGACCUGAGGCGACUUGGAGGCUGAGCAAAGUGCAGUUUGUCUACGACUCCUCCGAGAAGACCCACUUCAAAGAUGCAGUCAGUGCUGGGAAGCACACAGCCAACUCGCACCACCUCUCUGCCUUGGUCACCCCCGCUGGGAAGUCCUAUGAGUGUCAAGCUCAACAAACCAUUUCACUAGCCUCUAGUGAUCCACAGAAGAUGGUCACCAUGAUCCUGUCUGCGGUCCACAUCCAACCUUUUGACAUUAUCUCAGAUUUUGUCUUCAGUGAAGGAAACUGAAGUUUAGUAGAUUAAGAGACUCGCCCAGAGUGACAGUGGAAGAUCUGGGAUCUGAACCCACUAUCAUCUCUUUCCCUCACAAUGUUCCAUUACAUCUACUCCCUCUUGAUGUGAUAAUCUGGAUCUAUGGAACCACUAAAAGUUCAUGUAUAUCUCUAUUUCUACAACUAUAUCUAUCUGUAUAUCUAUUUAUUCAUUGUUAUGGUACAAACCAAGAGAAAAGAGAAAACAUGACUUUACAAAUUGGUCAAGGUCGUUUGGUGCCCCAUUCCCGGAUUCUUCCCAAUCCAACUCCAACCUCCCUUCCUCCUGAAGCUUUCUUAACUCACCACCCUCCCUGUCCUGAAUACCUGUAGUUGGGGCCACACAGAACACCACCUGUCCAUGUUCUCCAGUGGUUUUGCUACGUAAGCUCUUGCUCCCAGACACAACUCUUUCUCCAUUGCCUCUCCCAUUCUGCCUAGGGAGAUAGAUGUUGUAUUUGGGGCUCCUGGCUGAUUGUGUGCCUGGGCAACUAGAGUGUAAGCAGGGAGAAGUGAGCUAAAACCAUGGUCUGACAGUCUGGGUAACUAUGAAAUUGCUCUGCAGGGGAGAGAGUUAAGAAGAGAAGAGACACAGGAUAGGGCCACAAGGGCAACCUUGUAAAGAUGCCUGGGGUCUGCUCAAGUAGCAGCCUGGAAUGGUGCACAGAAGAGAGUCUGAAGGUCCUGAGGUCUUUGCUAUUUUUUUGUGAGAUAAUUUAUUUUUUUAUUUUUACCAUUUAAAACAGACUUAGCCUUA